GUCACCGGGUGGGUCUCCUGAUGAAGGUGGAGGGCAGCAGUGGGAUGGGAGGAGAUGUCGGUGGGGCAGGCGGUCGGGGCUCCGGGACCGGGACCAGCGACUGCUGCAUCACCCGCCUGUUGAGCGUGGUGGAGAGCGAGCUCCAGGCCGGGAGGGAGAAGGGGGACCCCACGGAGAAACAGCUGAAAGUGUCCCUGGAGGAGGCGGAACUCUGGAGGAAAUUCAAAGAAGUCACCAACGAAAUGAUUGUCACCAAGAACGGCAGGCGUAUGUUCCCGGUCCUGAAGGUGAGCGUGUCGGGUCUGGACCCCAACGCCAUGUACUCCUUCCUGCUGGACUUCCUGCCUGCGGACGGCCACCGCUGGAAGUAUGUGAACGGGGAGUGGGUGGGGGCGGGGAAGCCGGAGCCCCACAGCCACAGCUGUGUCUACAUCCACCCAGACUCCCCCAACUUCGGGGCCCACUGGAUGAAGGCCCCCGUCUCCUUCAGCAAGGUCAAACUCACCAACAAACUCAACGGAGGAGGACAGAUCAUGCUAAACUCCCUUCAUAAGUACGAGCCUCAGAUCCACAUCGUGCGCGUGGGGGGAAGCCACCGCAUGGUGACCAACAUCUCCUUCACAGACACCCAGUUUAUAGCCGUCACCGCCUACCAGAACGAAGAGAUCACAGCUCUGAAGAUCAAGCACAACCCGUUUGCAAAGGCCUUCCUGGAUGCAAAAGAGAGGAGCCACCCAAAGAAUCUUCUGGAAUCCCCAAUGGAGAGCCAGCACAUGGGCAUUCCACACUGUGGUUGGCUCAUCUCCAGUCCUGAGUCCUUGUGUUCGUCUGCAGGGGGGAGUGGCUUUGCGUACCCCGGGCCCCACCCCCUGCCCCUUGGCCCCGCCCACGCCUACAAGUCCUACGGCGGCCUCCACGCCCACCGCACCGCCACCUACCCCUCCACCUACCUACACCACUGCUCACACACCGCCGUGUCCAUCGCGGAGCCCCUGACCCCCGGGGGGGCCCGCCAGGUGUUCUCGGGCCCCGAUGGCUGGGGCGGGGUGUCCGUAUCCCCCUCCACACCACUAGGGGUGCUACCUGUCCCCUCAGCAUCCUCUCCAGCCCCCGGGCCCAGCAGUAGUCAAUACCCCUGCCUGUGGACAGUGAGCGGUUGCAGUAUGUCCUCCAGUGCAGCAGGGGGACUAGUGAGCGGUGGUCCAGGCCAGGACCACAGGGCAGCUCCUGACGCCAAUGAAGAGUCUUCUCCACCCCGCUGCUCCCUACUGCAAGGCCAUAGGUCAGGCAGCACAGAGGGCGGGGACAUGACUCCGGGCCCCGGCCAAUUGGGCGGGCCAGCUUGGUCAUGUGUCUCUACUCACUCGUUCUGAUUGGACAGGCUGGUCAUGUGUCUCCUCCAUGCUCUCCUCUGAUUUGAUGGGCUGGUCAUGUGUCUCCAUACUCUCAUUCUGAUUGGCCACUGCGAUUAAGCUGCUGUAGUGCACCGUUUGCACUGUAACAAAGGUGCCAACAGGUUUCAUAAAGGACCAAGACUUUACUCCCAAACACAAUGAAUAGCGAUGGCUGUUUACUAAAGAAAACAAUAUCUGUUGUGUAAAUUGUUGUCUGAUGCCUAUUUGAGAAUGUACUGUUAAUACCGGUAUUAACGUUAUUUAUGUAUUUUAUCGCACAGUAAGAUGUAUCUUUGAUUUCAUUGUUGUGAUGUACUGAAGUGUAUCUGAUGAUGAAGUGAACAUGAAAUAGAUGACUUUGGUGUUUGGCACACUGCUCAAGUUUCUGUACAAUACUGUAUCAAUGUGUUUACAUUUCUGUUGAUGACAAAUAGUGUGCUGAGUAAAGACCUGACUUGA